GGCGCUGGCCAAUGACAGAGCCCGUACGGCGGAAGAGUGAAACGGUCUCUCCGGAAGAUGGCAGCCCUAGUCCAGCCAAAAGCUGAUUGGCAGGUGCUGUGACCAGAAGGCGAGCUUCAUAGCAAGAGCGGCCAUUCGGAGGCGGAAGCCCGAAUAAGCGUCGGCUUGAGCUCAGGGAGGGGUCGGAGGCACAAAUACAGGUCUCGGGAAAACAGAAGACGGAAAGGACAGCCCCGGAAGAGGCGGCUGCGGCAAGUAGAGUUUGGAGGGGCAGACUGGCUCUAUCCUCCAGGCCCGUCCCCUGAACUCUGCCCUCGGAUGUUCCACCGCCCAGAGCUUGCAUGCGCCGUGGGGCGCCCCAGGACCACGAGCUGGUGGGUUCGGGGGCUCCUGGGCGGGGGUCCCGGGGCGCCCCUGCUCCCUCGGGACCUGUUGUCCCGGUCCUCGUCUUUCCCCCGGAUCUAGUAUUCAGGGCGGACCAGCGGAGCGGCCCCCGGCAGUUGCUGACCCUCUAUAACCCCACGGGAGCAGUGCUUCGCUUCCGAGGUGAAGGGGAUGGGCGUCUCGCGCUAGGAUCUGGGGACUGGCAGAAGAAAAUUGGGGAGCUGUAUGGAUUGAGCAGUCAGAUGAUUCUGUGCACAGCACCUGCCAAAUACACAGUGUUUGACGCGGAAGGAUAUGUGAAGCCUCAAUCCUGCAUUGACAUUGUGAUUCGCCACGUGGCCCCCAAUCCCAGCCACUAUGACGUCCAGGACCGCUUCCGCAUUGAGCUGUCUGAGGAAGGAACAGAGGGCCGAGUGGUGGGGCGCAAGGACAUCACCUCAGUUCUGAGGGCCCCAACAUACCCCCCUGAGCUUCAGGGACAGCCUGACCCAACGCCCCACCCAGGGCCCCCUUCCUGGACUGCUCCACCCUCGGCCCAACACUUCCCAGAGAACCCCCACCCGCAACUGGCCACCAGCUCCUUCCUCCUCUUCUUGCUGAUGGGUAUCGUCUCGGUGGCCUUCCUGCUGCUCCCGCUCCAGGAUGAACUUGGCAGCCAGCUGCCCCCAAUCUUGCACGUCUCCCUGGGACAGAAGUUGGUGGCAGCCUACGUCUUGGGCCUCCUGACCAUGGUGUUCCUCCGGAUCUGAGCUCCCUGCUCCACCUCCACCACCCCCCUCCCUGGGCAGGGACGUGGAGUGGACAUGAGACAGCCACUGUGAUGCUCAUAACCCUGCCGCCACGCCUGCUUCCUUCUUCCUCCCUCCUGCCCAUCCCCCCACCCCUACACAGACAAAACCCAGGGAUUUGUAUUCAUUUCCAAGUUGAAUAAAAUAAAUUUGUAAAGUUGA